CACGUGCUGGGGGGCUUUUCUGUGAUCUUCCAGAAAGAGAAUGGCGAACCUGGCAGAGAGGGGGGCAGCGGCGGCCGGGCACCAGAACUGCAAAAAUGGUUGUGGGAGUGGGAAACCUGGCUGUGAUGAUCAUGUGCCCGGUGCCUUCAAGGCAUCAGAUUUGACCAUUGAACUCACAGACUCUCCAAAAGAAAAGCCUGAUCCAAGCAAGCUGGUGUUCGGCACAGUCUUCAGCGAUCACAUGCUGACAGUUGAGUGGUCUGCAGAGAAGGGAUGGCAAACACCGGCGAUCAAACCUCUACAGAACUUGAGCUUACACCCAGCAUGCAGUGUGUUUAACUAUGCCAUAGAGCUUUUUGAAGGAUUGAAAGCAUAUCGGGGAGAAGAUGGCAAGAUCCGAUUGUUUCGACCACAGCUAAACAUGGAGAGGAUGUUCCGAUCGGCGAAAAGACUGACUCUACCUCUUUUUGAUACGAAUGAACUUUUGGAAUGCAUCAAGAAGCUGAUAGAUGUGGAUAGAGAAUGGGUGCCUAAAUCCACGGAAGCCAGCCUCUAUGUCCGGCCCGUCUUCAUGGGAACUGAGGCCUCUCUGGGAGUUAAGAGAUCUUCCAAGGCUUUACUGUACGUCAUUCUGAGCCCAGUUGGACCUUACUUUUCCAGUGGAGCUUUUAAUCCAAUCUCGUUAUGGGCAGACCCCAAAUAUAUCCGAGCCUGGAAAGGUGGAACCGGCGACUGCAAAAUCGGAGGGAAUUACGGAAACUCCCUCUUUGCUCAGUACGAGGCUCAAGCUUACGGUUGUCAGCAGGUUCUCUGGCUGUACGGUGAAGAUCAGCAAAUCACAGAAGUUGGCACAAUGAAUCUCUUCCUCUUCUGGACAAAUGAAAAUGGCGAUCAGGAAUUGGUGACUCCACCACUAGAUGGCAUCAUUCUCCCGGGUGUCACCAGGCGCAGUAUUUUAGAUCUGGCUCUUAAAUGGCGGGAGUUUAAGGUGUCCGAACGAUAUAUAACUAUGGUGGAUCUAUUGAAAGCCCUGAAGGAGGAUCGUGUCAAGGAGAUGUUUGGUUCUGGAACGGCUUGUGUUGUGUGCCCAGUUGGAAAGAUACUGUACAAGAACGAGAACUUGGAAAUCCCAACCAUGGGGAAUGAACUGGCUGGCCGCAUCUUGAAGGAGCUGACCGAUAUCCAGUAUGGAAGGACACCAAGUGAGUGGGAGGUGCUCGUGGGGGAUUCCUAACACGUCACUCAGGGUGUGAGGCGGAGAUCCACCCUCAGUCUGGAGUCUCCGAUCUUAAUAGUUAAAUAGUUGAUGUUUAUUGGUUAGAAAUCCCAUUCUCAGAAUCUGUGAUGUUAAAUGUCACAACAUGUUGUUAUCCCUGUGUGCCAAACGGUGACCUUGCAGAUCGUCUCUCCUGCACUUCUUGUAGCACAAGAUGACAUUCUUGGUCGACACUUGUUUUUUAAAAUCUGGUGAAUCAGGAAUUUUACAGGUUAAGAUUUACUGAACACCUGGAAACUGUGAUCCCAUUAUGCUGGGGCCAAAGAAGGGGAGAUUUAUCAAAACUGGUGUAAAGGAAAAAUGAUAAGGUUGAAUCUGGUUGGUUGCUAUAGGUAAUUAAGCCAGUUUUCCUUUACACCAGUUUUGUUACAUCUUCCCAUUGAGUUUUUUUUAUUUAACUGCAAAUAACGUGCAAGCAGCUUAACAAUUUUAUCUGUAACAAAAUUUAAAGGCUUUGACAUCUUCGGGGGACUUUUGCAUUGCAUCUUACUCAUUUCGGGUUAAAAAACAUUUCUUUAUGUCUAUUAAAAAAUUCAGCAGUUUUUGUGAUACAUGCAGUUAAAAAUCAUUCUAUUUGCAGACUGUUCUGUCAGCUGACGGCUUAUGUGAUGCCUUAUGUCCUGAUCUUCUUACCUCAUGAACACUCAAUAAAGCCGUAUUCUUACCAGUUUGAUAACAGCUUAGCUAUAAUAAGUGUUUAUAAGGUCAGGAGAUGCGAGAUAAGGCUUCAGCUGACUGAACUCAGGAUGGACAGUUUGCAAAUAGACUGAUAUUUAACCACUUGUAUCACAAAAAUGGCUGAACAUUUUUAAUAAGAACCGACUGGAAAAAAAUGAUUUUUAGCCCAAAAUGAAUAAACUGCAAUCAUAAAACUAAAAGUUUCCUUAGCCUUUAAAUUGAGGUCGAGUAAAGCAAUAUUCCAAACAGCACAACAGAGGUUUUAAAAGCACAAAAAUGCAGAGUUAUAUCUACACACAGAUCCAAGUACCAUUACCAAUACUAAUCUUGUACUGAUUCAGAGUUGUAUGAUGUCUUAUACCCCUGUCGCAUCCAGAGCUACACUCACGAUUCUUCUAUAACAUCAUCUUUUAUACGCCAGUCACAUUCAUGGCAGUCACAAUUCUGCUGUUAUAUCAUCUCUUAUACCCCAGUCACAUUCAUAGCUGCAGUCACAUUUCUGCUCCUGCAUCAUGACUUAUACGCCAGAACUCCAUUUGCAAUUCUUCUGCUACAUGUCUUAGGCUAGGGCCACACAGCGACAUGUGUCACACGACAUUCAUGUUGCACCAAUGUUGCGCAACAUUUUUGCAAUGACAGUCAAUGGUGUAGCACCUGCGAUGGAUUUUUUGAGACUGUCGUGUCGCAGCAUGUCACAGUGUGACACCCUUUGCUAUCAUUAUAAAAAAUGUUGCGCGACUUUUCAGCUACACAUGUCGCAGUGUAGCACUAGCCUUAUACUGCAUUCAACUCCAGAUCUGGAUUCACUUUUUCGUUGUUUUAUCAUGCUUAACACUCCAGGGGAGAGCUGUGUUGAUGAAUUCCAAGCCGCAGCUCUGGAUGUGACUGGAUUAUAGGACAUGAUGUUACUCAAGAUCAGCAGAAGGAAACUAAAGCAUUGUCAGUCACUCAGAAGUGAUGUAAUGACAGUGACGGUCUCUUUCUAACUAAGCUAAAACUAGGCUUGUGCCUCACGUGGAUCUAGAGCUCCCCCGUUCAUUGCUUUAGUUCCUUUGCUAGAUUUUCUUAAGGCUAAUAAGCUCAGAGGGUGUGUCCUUUCUGCUGCUGCACUUUCCUUGUAACUGUCCAGCCUUUAACAGUAAAUAAAGCUGGGGACAGUUGAAGGAUAGAACUGAGCAUGUGCGACCACCCCAGUAGGUGGAUGUACACAUUAAACACCAGGGGAAGUAAAGAGAAUAUCUCACAACUGGAGCAUUUUUAUAACAGAAGAUAAAUUACAAAAGUAAGACUGACACAGAAUAACAGUUUUUGUUUGUGUCAACCAAAGGGGGAUGACCAUAAAGUUUUUUUCUGGUAAUGGUUAAAUUUUAUGUAUUGCCGACAGCCUGCCUCCUGAAACAGAAAAUUCAUACUUACCUGCUCUCUGCCACAGCAGUCCUCUGUGUUGCACCCACUUUCUCCAUCUUCCGGUCCCCGCACUGUUUAUAUCCAGCCAUGAAAGGACAUGGUCAUAUGCUCCAUUGCAGCCAAUAACUGGCUUCAGCAGGGAUGUGGCCACAAGCAGCAAUUCACCGCUGAAGCCAUUUACUGGCUGCAGUGGAGCAUGUGACCAUGCCUAUGCACCCACCGCCAGGGACGGAAGAUGGAGGCAGCUGCGACGCUGCGAGAAGUUUUACACUCUUUUCUGAACAUAAUAUGGAUGUUAUACAACAGCAGGUGACAUGUACCCUUUUCUGGGACAAGACUCCUACUAUACCGGACACUCCGCCUGGCGCUCCAACGUCAGUCUUGCUUUAUUGUAACUUGUCUGGACAUCACAGAAAAUCCAAAGAUGUACGUGCGCUUAUUACACUUCAUAUUACACUCCACUCAGGGUUAUUAUAUCAUUGCUCCAAAUAUAUUAUAUUCUGUAUAUUAAGUUUGUUUUUUGUUUUUUCCUCCGCGUUCUUACCGAACCAAAAAACAUUUAAUUUAUGAUUAUAAGCAUUCCGAAAUCAAAUUUUCUGGAUUGUUGAAAGUCUGGAAACAAGAGGUCCGGCAAUCUAGCAUAUUACAUGUGCUGAUAAUCUGGUACCCAGUGGUUCAGUUCGUUGAUCUGGUGCUAAUUCUUUCACACGCAUGCUCAUGGUGGACCAGUCGAAUUUUGGGUGGGGGAUUAUUGGAAUUUUGUAGAUGUUCUUUUAACAACAUUCUGGAGAUGAAAGCAUUAAUAUAGAAGAAGAUAUAAAAGGUCACAAAAUUUGUAAUACACCAUUGUGAACACUAAAGCUCAGCUCCAAAAUGAAAACCGUGGUCUAAUUGGUUGCUAGGAGCAUCAAGCCUAGCAUAUGCUGGUUUUUUGUUCAGUAGGCGUUAUUUGCAUAAAAAUAAAAAUGCAUGUUUUAAUUCCCCUAAAGGUACAAAUGGAUAUUAAGACUGGCAUUUGUGGGUGUUCUUGGGCAGAAGUAUGGUGAGGCUUAUAACUGCAAAAGUAUGUUGUGCGUGAUGUAAUGCUACAUAGAAGCACAAGUUUCCAUUCAUUUCAGUGGCGUUUCCCUCCCAUCCAUGUUCACCUACCCCCUUGAAAAUGACCUGUAAUUCUAGAAUUGAUGAGUGGCUCAGUACCUGAGAUCCCCAUACCCACAACGUUACAGUGGCAGGAUCAGUGUGUGGUAGAUUAAUAGUAUAAAUAAUUUACUGUUAGCAUAUCGAACACAAGAAAAUAAAUUGUGAUGAUUGUCGCUGUUCUAUGGAUCGUGAUUCAAUGCGAUUGUUGUAAAACCUGGAUUUCUGACAAUCAGUUGUGUUUUCCCUCUGUCGUUGCCUUGUUGACGGACUGAUAUAACUAUAAUCGCUAUAUUCAGGGAUUUUAAGAAUUAUAAUAUAGAAAUUUAUGUCUAUAUCUAUGAGACCAAGAGACAAGGUGUAAAAGAUGUGCAGUAAGUCCAAAUGUGUAUAAUAUGCAAUAAAUCUGUGUAUAAUAAACAUC